UAGCCCCCGCCUACUUGUAGCGGGAGAGGGAAGUCAGUACAGAAGCUGAGCGCAAGUGGUUAAGUAGUCGGUCGCUCGCUAGUGUAGCUGGCAGGCGCUCGUAGAGGGAGCUGCUGGCGUGUGCCCAGUGUUUUGUGUGUGUACGCAGUGAAAUAACGUCGGAACAUAUACGGACGUUACAAACAAUUUCAAGUUAUUUAUUUGCAUGUGUUUUUUACCAUUAUAUAUCACGAUAUAUAAUAUAUGAACUUGUUAAUUUGAUAUUUUUUUUUAUUUCUGAUACUUUUAAUAGACUGGCUGCUGCUAGUGUUAACAUAUACUAUAUGUAACAGUAUUACGCUCCAUCUACUACAAUUUGUGACGGUAGCUGAGCUGUGCAUAGCGGACGAGCCCCAGGCACUAUGAUUUUCACAGCAGUCGCUUUCAUCGUCUCCUUCCUCGCCGUCCUGAGAGCGAUGGCCGAAGGAAACAUACUUACCGGAAGCCCACAGCACUGCGAGAACGAGGGCGAGCGCGUUCUGGUGGACAUAAAGGAAAUGAAGUGUUUCACCUGUUGGUGUCGGAAACGCCAAGUUGAAUGUGAGCCGGAGAAGUGUCCAGGGAACCAGGGAUGUUACAGGCUCCUCAACGAGAGUAAAGACGGGUGUUGUCGGGUCUGCAAAGGGUGUAUCUACGAAGGAGUUCAUCACCCCAGCGGCUCGGAGUGGAGCGACCCGAGCCGGCCAUGCACCGUGAUGACGUGCAAGGCAGGAGUGGUCACCGAGUCAGAGAUACAGUGUUACACCCCCUGCAGGAACCCACAGCCCCCAGCCCCAGGACAGUGCUGCCCCACGUGCCCCGGUUGCCGUAUCAACGGGCAACUGGUGACAGAAAACAGAGACGUGGGAAUCCCCGAAGAUCCAUGCCUCAAGUGCCGCUGUAAGGCCGGGUGGAUCACGUGCUCAAAGCAGGCGUGUCCAGUCUUGCAUUGCCCGCAGAAGAACAUUUCCCGCGUCCCGGGAGAGUGCUGUAAGCAGUGCGUCGGGAGUAGGUACCUGAUGGAACCGCCCAAAGGCGGGUGUCUUCUCGGUUUCCAGGUGCACCUAGCAGGCAAGGCGUUUCGGCUCGACCAUUGUACCCAGUGCUCCUGCCUCAACGCUACGUCCAUAUGCCGCAGGAAAGCAUGCCCAGUUCUGGAAUGUGCGCCAGAGAGGCAGGUGUCGACACCUGGUGACUGCUGUCCGCAUUGCCCACCCAUUCUGGAGAGCACUACAACAUGCACUAUUGGUGGCCGCACAUACGAGGAUGGCGAGUCAUGGGAGUUGGACCCCUGCAAGACGUGUGUGUGCCAGCAAGGACAGGUUCGGUGUGCCAUGCAGAUGUGCCCACAGAAGAACAUGGUGUGCCCCAGCAACUACAAGAUGGUACAGCGACCUGGAGAAUGCUGCCCACGCUGUGUCGAGAGUGAUGGGAUAUGUACAGUCUUUGGUGACCCACAUUAUCGUACCUUUGAUGGCAAGUUCUACAGCUUCCAAGGAUCAUGCAAAUAUCAGCUGGCGGCCGAUUGUCUGGGGCACACCUUCUCCAUCCGUGUUACUAAUGAUGCUAGGGGUACAAGAACAUCAUCAUGGACAAAAACUGUGGCCAUCAAGGUGGGUGAAGUGAAGAUCAACCUGGGCCAAAAGAUGCGCCUUAAAGUAAAUGGCCACAAAGUGACUGCACCAUACAGACUGGAAGGAAAAGCCACUAUCAACAAGACAGAAGACAGUCUGAUAGUUGAGACACAUAUCGGUGUCAAAGUGCUCUGGGACGGUAGCAGUUUCCUGGAAGUGUCAGCACCGGCAUCAUACAAGGGUCGUCUCUGUGGUCUCUGUGGUAACUUUAACUUGGCAGCACGUGAUGAUUUCACAACACGCCGAGGACGUUUGGUGUUGGAUCCUGAUAAAUUUGGCACAUCGUGGAGAGUCGGUGGGAAGCGUGCUUGUGCUCGCCCGGACGGACAGAGCCAGUGCCAGCAUCAAGGAUCUCACAAGAGUAUGGAGAACAUCCGGCACUGUGGCCCCCUGCAGACUGUGUUCUCUGCAUGUCACAAGACACUCAACUUCAUGACUUACUUGCAGUCAUGUAUUCUCGAUAUGUGUGAAUGUCCUUUGCGACGCUGUUACUGUGAAUCAUUCACUGCAUAUGCCCAUGAGUGCAUGAGGUUGGGAGUACAGCUACCAGACUGGAGGGCGGCAACAGGUUGUCCUAGUGCUUGGACAGAACACAAGGGGCAUGCAGUUCCCCGCAACAGGCCGCCACCACCCAGACUGCACUAGUCUCCUUUUGUCCGCACCAGAAGCACAGCAACUAGUCAGUCAGUAUCUCUGAGCAGUCACCACAGAAUUCACUUUUCUGCCUUAAUUUCAUUCAUACAUUAGUAUAAUUUUGAUCCAUCUUGAAUCACAUUCUUUAGAGACAAAACGGGAUACGUGUUUAGGGAGACAGUACAUAACAUUGUGUCAGUUAAAAUUAUACUUCAAAAUAUUUCUAAACUCUGUUGUCUGUGGAAAUGCUGUGAAGUGGGGGAGAGGGAGUGAAAUUGUUUUCUUAGAAAUCUGGUGUUGAUUCUUCUCUGGAAUCUGCAGACUGUGCAUGUGAGCACUGUUCUAAACACUUUGGAAGUACAUGCUCACUUGUUAGCUCACAUCAGCAAUGAUUGAAAAUUUUCAUUUAGUCACAUUUGUGAAGAGAUUCAGUACUUUACCCAUUGCCAAAUCAUUUACUAAAGCCUGAAAUAUAUUUAAAAUCUCAGGCAUACAUGAAAUCUUUUGACUGAAAAGCUUAGAAGUAUCAGUUUUGUCUUUACUCCAUUGUUAGGUAUCACACAUCUUGAAAUCUUUAGUAAUAAAAGGAAAAUAUUUCUCUCUCCUGCAGUAAUCAAGAUAAUUCUUGUUCAAUUGAAGACAUAAAAUAUAAGUUCCAGGUGAUUUCUCAGAGAUCCUACAUAUGGGUUGGCAUUACUUGCCAACAACAGUUGGCACUACAUGCCAGCAACAGAUUUUUAGAAAAUGUAAGUCCUUUAUUGUAUAUUAUUACAAUUUCAUAGUAGCAUGCUUGGAUGUGCAGUAAAAUAACAGACAUGCGCCAAAUUCACACCAUCAUAAUUUUUAAAUCAGAACUGUUAUUUUAAGAAACACGCAAAAGCUGAAAUUGAUACUCACUGUCUACGCGCAAACAGUGUAGCGCUACAUUCCUGUGUUCUCGUAGAAUUAAAUAUUUCAUUUUACAUCUGCAGAUGUAUUCAAUUUAUAACUUUUAAACAGGUCAGACACCUCAUCUGAUACAGUUUUGAGCUGGGUUUGAAUACACUGCUUUCCAGAAAUCACGAGAUUGUCCAUAAUGACUGUAUCAUGUUGCUUUCUUCUAUCAGUAUUGUGCUGCUUUCCCAUGUCACUCGUUUGUGUGGUUUGAUUGUGUGAGUAGACUCAGGUCUUGUUGGGAAGAAAAUAUAAUAUGAAAUGAAAAACAUGUGAUAAUGUUCAAGACAGACUUGUAUAGUGCAUUGUCUGAUAAUGUCAGAUCUGUGAAGAAUUAUUUUAAUGUUAAGUUAAUAGUUAAGCGAACAAAUUAUAAAUCUCAAAGAGUGUAAAUAUUUCUUUAAGUAUUAUGUACUUAGGCUUAUUUUAAAAUGUACCUAUAGUUAGUUCGCUAGUAACAUACAAGGGAAAUAGAUUGUGAAAUUUUAUUUUAAUGAAUGAGCUCAGUAUGAAUUUUUAUGGUUGAAAGUGAAAUUGGUAGCUGAGGUAACAGACAUUGCUUGUACCAAAGAUGAUGCUACACCCACUGAGAGCAAAACAAGCAGAGUUACAUUGAGACUGUGGUCUUCUGCGAUGUGACCCCCCAUGUAGUUUGAUAGGUAGUACCAUGGUCAGAGCUGGUGCAACAGCAUGCGCAAAUGAAAUGGGAACUGGAACCAGCAUGAUUUUAGGUGUUGCACAUUUUAUGUAGCUUCAAUUCCCAUCCCAUUUUUUAAACGAAAACUGAUUUAUACUAUUCUUUUGUUCAAAUUGUGACCAUUAACUGUGAGCAGUGUAAACAUGUUAUGCAAUCUAAAUUUAAAUUGAACUGUUUAAUGAAUUAACAACAGCAGCUGCAGAUGUCACCGCAUCUGAAGUUUCGUGUCAUCAAUUGUGAUGAUAUUCUGAGGAAGUUAAUGUUGUCGCAUGGGGUGAUAUUUGGGCUUUCAUUGGUCCAUACCAUGGAACCUUUUGCAUCCAUCUUCAGGAUAUUUCUCUCAUGAAGGCGGAGGCUGCAGAUUCCUGUGAAACAUUGAUUCCUAUCUAUCAGGCAACAUGUUGUCACUCCCAGAAGUCUGUGUAAUCUUGAUACCACUGUCAGAACCUGAACUCUUGCAGAGGUGUGUUGCAUUAUUUAUUAUUGCCAUUAUUCUCUCAGAUGCUUUCUCAUGAAGUAAAUAACAUAAAUUAAGAUUAUUCUGUGCAUUAUUUAAUGUAGUGUUUUGCUGUCAUAUUUAAAAUGCAUAGUUCUACUUACAUGUGAGCUGUAUGGACAUCUUAGUUACUGAGAUUGGUGGUUGAUCAUAAGAGCAAGUGAGCAGUGAGCCCCCUAAUGAAAUAUCAGGCAUGGGGCAACCCCACCCCCAUCCCCUAAACUUAGUAAAUUAUAUGUGGAAAACAAAAUUUGUUAUUCCAGUAUUAAAAUUCCCAUACCAGUGUAUAUUGUCAUGUGAUAGGAAUGAAAUAAAUUUACUGCCAUGAUACCAUACUGUGAUUUUACCUGCUAAGCCAGCCUUUUUUUUCCCCCCCAUGAAAACUGGCUUUUGAACUUCCUACAUUCAAAAUGGAAACGUUAGAGAACAGGUGACAACAAGUGACAGUUACUGUAUGUUUGCAUUGUACACCCACAUUUUCUGUGCCUUUGAAUGACAGCUGUGGGAACUGACAUAUACAGCAGCCCAUCACUUCACAGGACUGGAACUGCUGCCCACUGAACUUCAGCCCAUCACCUGGCAGGGCUUAGAGUGGAUGUGUUGAAAGAGAACAAUGACAGCUGUGUAGAGUACAAGCAAGGAUAUGCAAAGUCAGAGUCACAUUGCGACUGACGGUCAGUCAGUUUGUCUGUCUUGGUGUUGAGCCCCAUAUGGGGUUUAUGACAAGAUAAUUUAUCUUGUUUGAAGGUUUCUGUCCUGUCCAUGUGGGGCACCGUCUCUGAGAGGAUGGGUCUGUCAUUUAUCAGAGUCACAGUCUGUAGUAUUAAGUCUGUAUACAAUAUAUACAAUUUCUGUAUACAGUAUAUACAGGGCCUCUGUCAUUCAAGGCUCAGUACAGCAGAUUAUGCCCUGUUUUUAGGAGCUUGCACUGCAAUGGCAGUCUAGUCACUUGAACAGUCAUAUGCUUGAGCGCCGCCAAAGUUUAAGCCUCUUCUAGUUUACAAGGAUAUGGUUCCUGCCAUCUAGCAAAAAUGUAGAGCUGCGAGGUUGGAAUUUCAGUGGUUAUAUUGCAAGAGUGUAGUACAGUUACCACUGAAGUUCAAACAUUUACUUGCACCUCUGACCAUACAGUCUCAUGCCCAUCCUUGAAUCAGUCUUGCUGUUGCAGGUUACCAUUAUAUUAGAAGUAUAGUUUAAAUUUUAAAAAGUAAUUUUAAGUAUCAGCUGUAAGUUGAUAAGGGUGAAUUUCAGCUUGACAACACAGUACUUUCAGCGUAAUAUCAGAUCACUGAGAGAAUUUGUAAUGACAUGGUACAUUGAUGUACAUGAAAGGAUUAAACUUCUGUAGAACUAAUAUCACAUACUUUUAUUGCAGAAAAUGUUUCAUAAGUUUUGUACUUUUUCUUUUAUUUUACACACAUUGAGUGAUAGGAAAACAGUGUUUUAGUAUGGUGUAGUCUUUAUAUGUGUAUCUGUAUAUAAGUAUAAUUAUGUGUGUUUCCAUAAUUACAGUUUUACUUAACUGUUUAUAGGGUGAAUGUUGUUUUGUAGAAAGGAAAUCAGUAGUUUGAUUCACUCUAAAUGAGAAUUCCAUAUGUUUUAUUUUUUUGAGCACGUGUUUUUCUUUAUUAGCCCUUUCACUGCUACAUUAUGAUGGUCUCCUAAAUGCUGAAUUAUUUUCUGCAGUUUGCUGCACUUUCAGUAUGUGUAGUAUCAUCCAUAUGUUUUGGUUCACGAUCAUUGAAAGAAACGUCUGAAUUCAGAGUUGAAUUGAUAUUGAAUUUAAAAUGGUUAAGGUUUAAUUCUAGAUCCAUAUAUUGCAUGCUGUGAAGAAAACCCAGAACUGGAGCAUGUAAUUUAAUGUGAAGCAUUCCUGCCAUAAUAAUAUUGAAGUAAUACUCAAAAGAGGAACAUUUUAUGUUGAGUCUAACAUUGAUAUUUGUAGGUAAAAUAGACAUCACAUUAGCUAGUAAAAUAUAUGCUGGGGUAAAAAAAUAUUUGCUCAGUUCACCAUUUAGACAAAACUUUGGCUUAUAAGACAUUUCUCCACAAUACAGCAUGUGUCUCCCCAUGCCACUGCAGUUGUUCCACACCAACUUACCACCACAUAAUGUACAGGACAUACAAAAUAUUGUCCAUUGUAGAAUAUAUACAAGAUGUCAUUUGCUGUUUCAGCAUGUGUGGAGACAAAAAAAAAAGAA